AUGCUUCUCCCUAAGGGCGGCGUCAGCUGGAAAGCUGCACGGGCAAACCUACCACCUACUAGGGCGAUAUGGGUCUUCUUGAUGAGGACUCGGGUUCUUCUAUUUCUCGUCGUUGCAGGCAUCACAUUAUUACUAUGGCGUGGCAUCAGAUCCUCUGCGUCAGAGAUGCAAAAUUUCUACUGCUGGGGGCCCUCAAAAUCCCCCAUGGACAUGACACUAAACGAGCAAGUGGCCUGGAACGCCCAUCACAACACGCCCGCCCUCUGGAACCACCACGCCCCCGUUGAAGUCAAGUCCCCGUCCAUCACGCACGCCGACCUGAACCCGAUCAAGUCGACGCCCAAGGGCGUCACCAACCGCGAACGGGUUCUCAUUCUCACCCCCCUCAAGGAUGCCUCCCGCUUUCUCUCCAAAUACUUUGAGCUGCUUGUCCAGCUCACCUACCCCCACGACCUGAUUGACCUCGCCUUUCUAGUCGGCGACACCUCCGACGACACCCUCGCGGUACUUGGUGCCGAGCUCGAGCGGAUCCAAAAGCGCCCAGACAACACGGCUUUCAGAAGCGUUUUAGUGGUCGAGAAGGACUUUGGGUUCACGCUCAGCCAGGACGUCAAGGACCGGCACUCGUUUGAGGCCCAAGGGCCGCGCCGGAAAGCAAUGGGCAAGGCGCGGAACUACCUCUUGGCGACGGCACUUAAGUCCGACCAUUCCUGGGUAUACUGGAGAGAUGUGGACAUCCAGGACAGCGCCCCUCAAAUCCUCGAGGAGUUCAUGGAGCACAAUCGGGACAUUCUCGUGCCAAAUGUCUGGUUCCAUCGGUACGAAAAAGGACGCGAUAUUGAAGGAAGAUUCGACUAUAACUCGUGGGUCGAGUCUGAGCAAGGCCUAAAACUAGCCGCGAGUCUUGGGAAAGACGUGGUCCUUGCCGAGGGCUACAAGCAAUACGACACUGGCCGGCUCUACAUGGCCAAAAUGGGCAACUGGCACGACGACAAGCACAAAGAGAUUGAGCUUGAUGGUAUUGGUGGCGUUAACAUUCUUGUCAAGGCAGACGUCCACAGAUCAGGUAUCAACUUCCCGUGUUAUGCCUUUGAGAACCAGGCCGAGACAGAGGGCUUCGCAAAAAUGGCCAAGAGGGCAGGCUAUGAAGUCUACGGCUUGCCCAACUACGUCGUGUGGCACAUCGACACGGAAGAGAAGGGCGGUAACGCAUAG